AUGUGUGCAGGUGGCUUCGCGGACGCCGAACACAAACGAAAUGACAUCCCCACACAUGGAAGACUGACUACCCCUUUGAAACGAAGGUCCAAGCGUCCGGAGUCAGUUCUUGCAUCCGUUUUGGGUGAUGAGAGAGACAUGACUCGCCACAAAUCGCUCCUUCUGUACAUUACUGGACGAAAGACCAUCGCAUUCCUGGGGCGCUCACUCCCAUUGCGGACUUACAGUGGACAAGUCGGUUGA